AUCUCCUCUUCCUCUUCCUCUUCCUCUCACCGUUCCAGCACGAGAUGAUCAGCAGCAGCAGCGUCUAUGGCUUAAAGAUGCAGUGGACCCCGGAGCACAGCCAGUGGGCCGAACAGCACUUCGACAUCUCCUCCACCACGCGCUCGCCAGCCCACAAGGCCGAGGCCUACAGGGCGGUGCCCGGCCACCUGCAGCGCUCGGCCGCCUACCAGUACGCCUGGGCCAAUGACGACAUCUCGGCCCUCACCGCCUCCAACCUGCUCAAGAAGUAUGCCGAGAAGUAUUCCGGCAUCCUGGAGAUGCCGGGCUCCUACUCGGAGGGCCCUGGGAUGAUGAACGGACGCAAAGGUGAAUCGGAGCCCUGGCAGGACGGCGUCUACCCCAUGAGCUGCAUCCCCGAGGGGGUUUCCAUCAGGAAGGGAGGGGUGGCGGCGGCCUCGGAGGUGGUGUCUGGCAUGUGCAGCUCUCCGGGCCUGGCCUCCAGCACCCUAAGCGAGCCCAGCUACUCCAGCAGCAGCUGUGGGAGCCACACCGCCACCGCCCUCCACACCUCCUCCAUGCCCUCUCAGGAAUACGGCCCCCCAUACGGCAGCUCCUACCUGCACAGUAGUUACAGCUCCCAGUCCGCCCCCGCCCCGGCGCUUCCCUCACCCCUGCACAGCUCUGGGCUCCUGCAGCCGCCCCCUCCGCCACCCUCCCACCCCACUUUAGUCCCAGCUUACAACGGAGGCUCCCCCAACUUGUCUAGUUAUAAUUACCCCCCAGCAGGCUACCCAGCUCAGAGCUCAGUCGGGCCAGGAUACAGCCCUGGGGGAGCACCCCCUCCAUCCUCAUACCUCCCCUCAGGCAUCGCUGCACCUACACCCCUUCCCCCCUCUUCUGCUUUACCUGGAUACCCGUACCAGAGCCACAACCUGACCCCAAUCGCCCCCACGCCUCUUAACAGUAGCUCCUCCAACUCGCUGAAGAGGAAAGCCUUCUACAUGACAGGCCAAGGGGAGAUAGACUCCGCUUACGGUAACUUCGGCUACAGCCAGUCCCGGAGCUCGGCUGAGAGCCCCAUGUACAGGAUAGCUGACAGCAGCAGCGCCAACGGAGGCUCCAACAGCGGCAGCGGCGGUGGAUACGACAGAGGUGCUGAAAAGUCGUCUUUACCUUUUAAUCCUCAGAAGCAGUCCACGAUGUCCUCGGAGCAGCAGCAGAGGAAGUACAGCAGCCAGGCAACAGGUGGUCCGCUGACUCCACCGGCCUAUGUCACCUCCACCCUGGGGGGUUCCCGCUCAACAGAUUCCAUUGCCAGCUUCACCUCCCCUUCCCUCAGUGAGCAAGGCGCUGAUGACCACCGUCACCACCUCUCCUCAUCCACUUCCUCCUCCCGGCCUGCUGAAGAGCAGCUCAAAACCAGUGACCCCCACCUCCUAGACAUGGUUACCUCUGAAAUUGUUCAGCAGGGGCCCCCAGUCGAUUGGAGUGACAUUGCAGGACUAGAACUGGCCAAGGCAACCCUAAAGGAGGAGGUCCUGUGGCCAAUUCUUCGCCCGGACAUGUUCAGCAGUUUAGGACCAGCCCCACGUUGCGUAUUGCUGUUUGGCCCCAGGGGCAGUGGCAGGACGUUGCUGGGUCGCUGCCUGGCCAGCCAGCUGGGGGCCCCCUUCCUUCAGCUCAACGGCUCCACGUUGGCAACCAAGUGGCUGGCGGAAGGGGAUAAAAUCAUCCGAGCGUCCUUCCUUGUGGCGCGCUGCCGGCAGCCUUCCGUACUGUUCAUCAGCGAGGUGGACAUGCUGCUGUCGGCCCACCUCAGCGAAGAGAGCCCCAUCAAUCGACUGAAGGGGGAGCUCCUCGCCCAGUUGGACUCACUUCUCAUGGGCUCAGGUGAGGACGGAGGCAACCAAGUGUUGGUGGUCUGCUCCACGAGCAGACCCCAGGACAUGGACGAAGGGCUGCGCAGGUACUUUGCUCGGAGGGUCCUUGUACCCCUGCCGGACGGCGGGGCCCGACACCAGAUCGUGGGCCAGCUCCUGGCUCAAUCUCAGCACAAAUACUGCUUGAGCGAGGAAGAGCUGGCGCUGCUGGUCCAGCGUACCGAGGGUUUCUCCGGCCUGGACUUGGCCAGACUCUGCCAGGAGGCCCUUGUGGGUCUGUUACACGUCUCUGCACAGGGCAUGGACAUGUCGGGUAUGAUGCCCCGGGGACAGGUCAGGCCCCUCACCUACCAGGACUUCGAGAGUGUCUUUUGUAAAUUCCAAGCCAGUAUAUCACAGAAAGAGAUUGACACGUACACUGAGUGGAACAAAAUGUUCGGCUGCAGCCAGUGAAAAGAUAGAUUCCGCCCUUGAGAAAAAAGAGGCAUCCACAAUUCCUCCCCUCAG